AACUGAGUUACUGCAGCCAACACCGGAGGAUCUGCAGAUACCUGAUAGAGUCUAUGAAGGGAUCAGUCACUGAACGAUGAGGUCAUUAUGUGGAUGUAACCUGGCUGUGCACUGACCAUGAGUGACCGUUGGCCUGUUGCUUUUGUGUGACGACCAGGGAAUGACUGAACAGAGCAGAGCUGGACUGUGCUUGAUUUUAUCUUCGUUUGCGAUGUCAUGAGACGAGAAGAGAAAUAUGCUAUGGCACUCUACAACCACCACGUCUGUCCUGUGAAUAACUGGUAAAGCGCUCUAACCUCGGUCACUUCUGCAUACAGUUCAACCUCCACAAACAUGUCGCUGUUGUCGGAAGAAAACUUCGUAUCUCCAAAAUCGGGACUUUACAGGAGAAGGAAAAAACCUGCUUUACUUUCAAUGACGUAUAACUCGUCGUGUGAGGAGCGUCUGGCGGUGCAGACUGGCCCUUUUCUCUGCUGCACACUGGACAAUAUACCACUCAUCAGUAAAUGUGGUGCUCUUCCUCCUGAGAGUUGCUGGUUCAGUCUCAUCUGCAGUAUUGGAUCCUUUAUGGUGAUGCUGAUUGGUCUGCUCCGCUACGCUCAGGUGAUCCACAGACAGCAGAACAGUCCAUUGAAUAUGCUGGGCCUUUGCACUGGCUGGCUUUGUGCUGCAGGGCUCACUGUAGUGGGUAACUUCCAGGUUGACUUUCUGAAGGUCCUUCACUAUGUGGGUGCUGGGUUGGCGUUCCCCUGCAGCCUGCUCUUCGUGUGCGUCCAGACGGUGCUGACGUACCGACUGGCCAAUACACAGAGAGACUUCCACACUGUGCACCUCAGAGUGGCUCUCACCCUGCUCGCUUUGGUCACUCUCGUCCUCAGUGGGGUGUUUUUCGUGCAGGAGAGUUUUGCUCUGCAGCACGCGGCUGCGCUCUGCGAGUGGCUUUUCGUCAUCGUUAUCUUGCUCUUUUACGGCUCGUUCGUCUUUGAGUUCCGCUUCAUAUCUACGGACACUUUGGUGGUUCUGAUCCAGAAAGGAGCAGCACUUCACCUCUGUCAGAAUGACUGUAAGCUAGAAAGCGCAUAGCUCAACCUCUCCCUCAGCAGCGAUAGAGGACUACUCAAGUACACUGACUGCAGAAACUUGGAGGUGAAUUAAUGAAGUGACCACUCAGUGUCCACUUUAUCAGCUCCACUUACUGUAUAGCUGCACUCUGUAGUUCUACAGUUACAUUCUCAGCACUGCAGUAACGCUGACGUGGUGGUGGUGUGUUAAUGUGUGUUGUGCUGGUCUGAG